UUCCUACUAACAAUGCUGACCCAGAGGUGCUGCAGAUCAAUAUCAUUGAGACAGAGGAGGACAACGGGGCGUAUGCGAACAAGUAUUUACUAUUCCCGGUGGAUGCUAAGGAUUACGCAGGGAAGAAGGUUCUUGCUGUACCAAGGUGCUGUCAGAAACGGAAAGGUACACAAGACCGCAGGAGAGUGA